CAAUAAAAACAAUACAAAAUUAGACAUGGCGCGGCUACGUGAAAUUCCGCAAGUUUUACACUUAUUCCUUUAUUUCUCUGUUAUUUUGUGUUGUUUUUCAAAUGUAGUCAGUGCAAAUUAUGAAUUAAAUGAAGACAAUUGGAAGGAUAUCCUUGAAGGAGAAUGGAUGGUGGAAUUCUACGCCCCCUGGUGCCCGGCCUGCACGGCGCUGCAGCCGGCAUGGAAGGAGCUCUCGGCCCAGGCCAGCAAGAAGUCACUCCGCAUGAGGACCGCCGGGGUGGAUGUCACCACGUCUCCGGGGCUCAGCGGGAGAUUCGUUGUUACUGCUCUGCCUACGAUCUUCCACGUGAUAGACGGUGAAUUCCGCCAGUACAAAGGACCCCGUGAUACAGACUCCAUGCUCGGCUUCGUGCAGCAACAGCGGUGGAAACAGACGGAGCCGACGCCGGCGUGGAAGGCGCCAGACUCGCUGCAGAUGACGCUGGUGGCAGAGUUCUUCAAGCUGAGCCAGGCUUUGAGGGGUGUCCACAACAUGUUGAUGGAGCAGUACGGCCUGCCCACGUGGGGCUCGUAUCUCAUAUUUGCGGUGGCCACCAUCUUCAUAGGAGCUCUGCUUGGCUUGGUGCUAGUCUGCGUCAUAGAUCAGCUGUACCCUCCGAAGCGGCACUACGCGACCGACAAGCGAGCCACCGGAGAUACCAAGGAGAAGAGCGAUGAUGAUCAUGAGCUGCUGAACGAAGAUCUAGUGGACGACGCGGAGGCGACCAGCGACGGGGAGAAGAACUCGGCUAGCGACACCUCAGAAGACGAGCAACCUAAGCCAGCCGACACCAAGGCGGAGAGCGACCGUGACGACAAACCCGCCGAGGCGCGCAAGCGCAGGCCGCGGAAGGCCGACUAGACACACAGAUACACCACACUUAUGACAGCUCAUUAAAUUAAACAAAAGAACUAAAUCAUAAAGGGGUUAUUUUUCAGUCAGAUUAAAGUUAUAAGAGGAGUAAUUAUGAUGCUGUCGCAUCUGAAUGUUUGUAUUUAGACAGUGACAGCAACAAUUGGUUUCCUCAGGUAACAUUUAUCUGACGA